CUGCCUCCCGCCUACGUCUUUGGCCCCGCCUCCUUGCUUAGUCCGGGUUUCUGAGCGCUGCCAGGCCCAGACUGAGGCUAGAACCUCCUGCUCCAGGCGAGUGCCUCCGUCCUCCUGGUCUCUGGGAGACCGCCACGCGAUUGGCGGGGCCACCAUCAAAGGUUGAAUGAAUUGCUCCAAUUAUUUAUUAGCUAUUUGAUAAAGGUAACAAGAAAAGAUAAAGUAUGUCUGACGAAGUUUUCAGCACAACUUUGGCAUACACCAAGAGUCCAAAAGUUACCAAAAGAACUACUUUCCAGGAUGAGCUAAUAAGAGCGAUUACAGCUCGCUCGGCCAGACAGAGGAGUUCUGAAUACUCAGAUGACUUUGAGAGCGAUGAGAUUGUUUCAUUGGGUGAUUUUUCUGAUACCUCCAUAGAUGAAAAUUCCAUUAAGAAAAAAAUGAAUGAUUUUCAUGUAUCAGAUGAUGAAGAAAAUAAUUCUCCAAAACUAUCUUUUUUGAAAACCAAGAAAUCAAACAGUGACAUAACCAAAGAUGGGCCAGAAUUUUCUGUCAAAAACAACGAAGAUGUGGCACCUGAUGGUUAUGAAGACAUGGUGGUAAAUUCCUCAUCAGAAUCUCAGCAUAAAGAUCAAGAAGUUGAAAAAGAGAGAAUUAAACUAAAACCUAAACCCAGAAUUUUUUCGCUCAAAAGCACAUCUUCGGCAGAAAAUAGCAGCAGCCUUGAAACAGAUGACCAUUUUAAGCCUUUACCUCUGCCAAGGAGCUUGUUAAGAAAGAGUAGGCACGUGGAGGAGAAAGAAAGACUAGGAGAAGAUAAAGAAACUGCUCUCAGUGAAGACUUCAAUUCUGCACCUUCCCUUCCAAGUCUGGAUGGCAGACAAUUAGAAGCUGAGGAAAAAACAUUCUCUGAAAACCUUGAUCUUGAGGAUCCAUUGUUAUCAAGUUUAUCAUCAUCAGCUCUUAAAGAAAGUCUUGGAAAUUCUUUUUCACUGGCACCUGAGGGAAAAGCAUCUAUAGAAGAUCAGAAUGGAGAAUUUCCUGAAAACCAUAAUUCCUUGAAAUUAAAUGAAAAUGAAGAAAAUUCAGAUAUGAUAAACUGUGUCACUGCUGAACUUGAGAAACCCCAGGAAAUUCAAGUGCCUGCUGACAGCCUUGAAGAAGAAAAGGAAAAGGCUGAACUGGUGACAGAUGGUGACUCGACAAUGGAUCCCUUGCUAUUUCAGUCUCAUACCAACGCAACAGAAUCUGCAAAGAAGGUGAUCGAAGAUAAAAAUAUGAAGAAUAAAAAGUCCACAAACAACAGAGCAUCCAGUGCAGGUGGCAGAUUAAUGACCUCUGAGUUUUUAAAGAAAUCCAGUUCUAUAAGGAGAAGUCCAUCAGCAACUACCUCUUCUCACUAUCUGGGGACUUUGAAAGUCUUGGACCAAAAGCAGAGUUUAGAACCUGACAAAGCAGAUCACAUAAGGGCAGCUGUUUAUCAGGAGUGGUUGGAAAAGAAAAAUGUAUAUCUUCAUGAAAUGCACAGAAUAAAAAGGAUUGAAAGUGAAAACUUAAGAAUCCAAAAUGAACAGAAAAAAGCUGCCAAGAGAGAAGAAGCAUUAGCAUCAUUUGAGGCCUGGAAGGCCAUGAAAGAAAAGGAGGCCAAGAAAAUAGCUGCCAAAAAGAGGCUUGAGGAGAAAAACAAGAAGAAAACUGAGGAAGAAAAUGCUGUGAGGAAAGGAGAAGCCCUACAGGCUUUUGAAAAAUGGAAAGAGAAAAAAAUGGAAUAUCUUAAAGAGAAAACUAAAAAGGAGAAAGAAUAUGAAAGAGCAAAGAAACAGAAAGAAGAGGAAACUGUUGCUGAGAAAAAGAAAGAUAAUUUAACUGCUGUUGAAAAAUGGAAUGAAAAAAAGGAAGCUUUUUUCAAGCAAAAGGAAAAAGAGAAAAUAAAUGAGAAAAGGAAGGAAGAACUGAAAAGAGCUGAGAAAAAAGAUAAAGAUAAACAAGCUAUCAAUGAAUAUGAAAAAUGGCUGGAAAAGAAAGAAAGACAGGAAAGAAUUGAACGAAAGCAAAAGAAACGCCAUUCAUUUCUUGACCACGAGGCACUUCCUCCAUGGAGCCCUCCCAGUAGAACUGUGUUCUCGAAAGUCUUUUGACAAUCCUUGUUCUUAUUUACCAACUUGCCAAUUUUAGUCACGGGUUUAGAACAUUCAUUCAAUUACUUAUAGUUGGAAAAAUCUAUUUUAAUUAAAUGGCAGGCCUUUCUGUUAAAAUGAAAAAGAUACUUUGGACUUUAAUCAGUAAAAGCAUUUUUGAACUGUAGAUAAACUGCCUCAAAUGAAAAGCUAAUAAUCAGGUUGCUCUUACUAUGAAAAUGCAUAAAGCUUUAUAUGUCCUGAUAAUUCUGAAAGUGGAAUGCUCCUUGAUCACUUUCAUUAACCUCUGCACGCAAUUUAAAUAUGUUAAGCCCAAUAAAAACAAGGAAACCAUCUAGGUACUCUAAUCAUAGAAAUAAUUGGAUUCGUCGAUGAUCAUGCAUUUGGAUUCAGGUUUUUUAAUGAAUGUAUGGUGGGGAGUGUGCAUAUAUUAUUUCUUCUAAAACUGAUGUUUAGUUAAAAGCAGUUGCCUGUACACUGUGCAAGUUAGAAUUUUGGUCAAUUGAGGCCAUAGUUCAAUAAAACUGUAAUCGGUGAGGCAUUUUAUUUAUUUAAGAAUUUUACCUACUAUUUAAUAUGUGCGUACUUUACUCCGGGCUUAAAUGACAAUCAUAGGCACUUUAUAAUGAAAGCUUUCUCUCUAAAUUCUAUCUCACUUUAUUUACUAGUUCACAGAUACCAAAAGACAGCAAUUUCAUGGUAGUGAUAUACUUACACAUUAGUUAUGGAAAUUCCACAGGAGUUCAAAGUCAUUAUCAUAUAAUUUUCUACAAUAAAGCCAUAAAAGUUAUGAAGGUGACACUUGUCCUUUUCACUAAUCCAGAUAUAAAGUCUGUAUUUAGAAAACAGCUAAAUGAGAAAGUAACUUUGUAAAAAAUAUCCAAAGAACUUUUAUUCAUUUCUUUGUUCUCUGCACAUCCUUGUAUUAACUAGUCUCAUACUUGACCUGGUCUCAGAGUUGAAAUGCUGCUUUAAUCAAUAAUUCAGUGCAGAGACAAUGAAUGAAAAUAAAUAGUUACUAUUUAUAGAGAACUUAUAUUAUCUCUGCUGGAUCUUUACAAAUGUUAUAUCUCAUCUUCAGAACACUUAUUCAGAGUAGAUAUUAUUAGCUUCAUUUUUGCAGAUAAAAAUGCUAAGACUUUGAAAAACCAAUAACUUGCCAUACAUCUUACAUAAGACUUGAGUCCAGACCACACUGAUUAAGUAUCUUAGUAUGCAGACGUACUUAUGGGCUGCAGAGCCCUCGUACUGUUUUUCACAUGCCCAUGUUACCUCAGAAAUUGUAGGAUCUAUCAAAACCUCCAUAUUCAUCAACGCAUUUUUAAUUUUCAGAGCUUAAAAUCUUGGAUUGUUAUCCAGAGAUUGUCUUUCCCUGAAGAAAGAACUGCUAGCUAUUAAGAUGAUGGACAUAAUUAAAUCUAUAAGAUGAAGUAGGAAUUCAUAAGAUUUAAGGAGUUACUUAAACCUUUUUUGUCUAAUAUUAGAGUGUUAGAAAACUCAGCAGGUUAUGUAAUGCAGACUUUGAGAUUUCAAAAGGAAUUGCAGGGGGUUUCAUACACUGAGCACUAAACUUGCUGUAGCGUUUGUACAGGAUGAGAUGUCAAGGAUCACUUUGAAGGAUCAUAUGUAAGUAAACAAUUUCAUAGAUAAACUAGAAGACUUUUUAUACUACUAGAACUAGAAUACUUCAUGAAAUUGAAGUAAUAACCAGUAGUAUGUAUUAUCAGCAUGGGAUUUAGGACUUCUCAUUCAGCCAUGUGGCCCCCUUAGUACCAAACUUAAUUCCUACCAGAAUAGAUUGUUAAGUGUUUCUGGUAUUGAACUAGACAUUCAGAGCUAAAAAGAUUUGCAACAUCUAGGGAAAUAACAUCUGAGGUAGGAUGAAAUGAGAAAUUGAGAUGUUUGUAUAUUCCCAGCAAAUCAUUUCCCUCAAAUAUGUCUAGAGAUUUUUGUUUUACUAUAAUAAUAUGUUAUUUUCUGUUUACAGCAACUAGUACUGAAAUCAACUAGAUGAAUGAAAUCACCUCUUGCAUAGCAGAAAUAAUGCUGAGUUUGGAGAAUUAAGUAAAAAUGUAGUACUAAACUAUUAUUUACUUUCUAAGAUCUAAAGGGAACAAUCAACCCUGAUAAUAUUCCCUUGAAUAUAACUUUAUUUAAUGGUAUAAUUCUUUCCAUAUUUCCUUAGAAAAUAUUAAAUCUUAUGAAUAUUUACUUAUUAAGUUUUCAUUAAUAUAUAAAGGAAUAUUUAAUUGAAAUUAAAGACACAAAGAUUCUACAGGAUUUCAUAUGAUUUCAUAUUAAAUGAUCAGCCUAUGUCAUUGCAUUGAUCAGCCCGGUGAAUUGGCCCAUGCCUGUAAUCCCAGCCACUCUGAAGGCUGAGACAGGAGUUGAAAGCCAGGGAAUUCAAAGCCAGUCUCAGUAACUUAGCAAGGCCCUAAGCAACUUAGUGAGACCCUGUCUCUAAAUAAAACAUAAAAAGGGCUGGGAUGUAACUCAUUGGGUAAGUGUCCCUGGGUUCAAUCCCCAGAACCCCCAAAGUAAGUAAAUAAAUAAAUUGAUCACUUGAAGAAUGUUGAUUUUUAAAAAAAUAGGAAAUUUUUGAACAUUAUUAUUUUAUAUAUAUUUUAUGAAUAUUGUUGUUAUAUUAUUGAAAAUAAUAAGUUCUCAGAAAUCAUUUGUGAAUAAGUUUAAAUAUAUUAAAUAAACCUUUACAUUGAAUUUAAGUUUCAUAAUGACCAAGAAAAUGGUAACAUAAAUAAUAAUGCAAUUUUAGAUCAGAAAGAGCUUAAAAGUUUCUUAAUGAAAGAUAAUGAGCUAUUCAUAGAAUAAUGAUUUAUCAGUAAUUUAUAUUUACAUCACACACUUUGAAAAUGUGAGUCCAUUUAUUGUUUUAACUUGAAAUAAAACCAAUAUUUUUCACUAUUGCCCAAGUUGUACAUAAUGGUAAUUAGGUGUCUAUAAAUUGUAUAUGCCUUCUGUAGAACCAUCCUUCAAAUAAGCUAUUUAGGUACUGACACUGUUAUUGAAAAUGUGUAAAAAUAAUAAAGUUUCUUAAAUCCUGAGUCAUGGGCUAAAAUACUAGAGAAAAGGGAUUUCAUAAAAUAAGAGAAAGUGUAUGUUAUUUAAAAUCACUGCCCAAAAUAAACUAGUACAGGAAAUAUAUAUCCCUAAUUUAACCCUUACUUUGAUUUUAGUAGUGUUAUAUUAAAAGACAUUUAAACCCACAUGCUUCCAUUUUACACAAAACAAUUAUCAAUUUUUUUAAUCCUAGCUAAACUGAUAGAAUAUUAAAAUGAUGUCUAAAUGCUUAAUUGGAAGGCUUUUAAGUUUUUUUAUUUUAAAAUGCCCUAUAUUCCUGUUAUUUUGGAAUAUGUAUGUUAUGUGUAACUGUAUAAUGUUGAUUUCAAUAGACAAAAUUCUUGGUGUUGAAUUUAGGAUGUUUUUAGGGAUUAUUGGGGGAGAUGUUUAAUGUAUGCUUUUUGGUGGAACAUUUUCAUGUAAUAAUUUAUUAAAGUCAGUCAUUCAGAAA